CUAAAAGUUUCAAGAAGAGAAACAUAUCGUUGAAGAGAGAACCCACACAAAAAAAUGUCUGUAGAUUUAUCAUCUGAGCGUGUUUGCUAUGUCCACUGCAGCUUCUGCACCACGAUUUUAGCGGUAAGUGUACCAUACGCAAGUUUGUUCACACUUGUGACGGUGAGAUGUGGCCAUUGUACCAAUUUGCUCUCCCUCAACAUUGGAGUUUCACUUCAUCAAACCGCACCUCCUCCCAUUCAUCAAGAUCUUCAGCCGCAUAAACAGCACACAACCUCUUUGGUAACAAGGAAAGAUUGUGCAUCAUCUUCAAGGAGCACCAACAAUUUAUCGGAACACAUCGAUCGUGAGGCUCCAAGAAUGCCUCCUAUUCGCCCGCCGGAGAAAAGACAACGUGUACCUUCGGCCUACAACAGAUUCAUCAAAGAGGAAAUCCAAAGGAUCAAGGCUUGCAAUCCUGAGAUUAGCCACCGUGAGGCAUUUAGCACUGCUGCUAAAAAUUGGGCACAUUUUCCUCACAUUCACUUUGGAUUAAAGCUGGAUGGCAACAAGAAAGGCAAGCAAUUAGACCAGUCAGUUGCAGGCCAAAAGUCUAAUGGCUAUUACUAAAGCCUUUAUAUAUAUACAUACAUAUAUAUAUACACACUUAUGCGUGUGUAUGCUUUAUGUUUAUCUUUGUACGUACGCAUCUAUGAAUGUGU